CGAAGCCUUUGGAUUCCCUCUCUUGCUCUGUCUGCGACUCACAGUUGCCAAGAUAGCUCAUCUCCAUUCCCUCCCGGCCUAUCGGAGCCCUGCCGUCGGCAUACCCCUGCUGUAGGCAACACGCGCCCCCCUCCGCCUCCGCGUCUGACGACUGCGCAAGUCCGCACCUUGAGGUCUACCACCUCCCCGGUUCCGACUUCGCUCGUCGUUCCCUACUCGUCCAUCUCUCGAAGACCAGGCAGUCAGUAUACAUGACCAGCAGGCCGGCUCCCGACGGCUUCCGCAUAGCAUAAGCCCUCGGGCUGUUCUGUUCUUCCUGCGAGCCAGCCUUCCUGUUAUCGUCAAAUCUCACAGGGAGCCAUGGCCGAACGACACUCUUCGUCGAGGCGGACAAAGCCAGCCAUGGAGGACGCCGUCGGGCAGUUCGUCAUCGACGGGGAGAUAGGAAAGGGAAGCUUCGCUCAGGUGUACUCUGGCCGUCACAAGGUCACCGGUGCCAUGGUUGCCGUCAAGUCCGUCGAGCUCGCUCGUCUGACCAAGAAGUUGAAGGAUAACCUUUACAGCGAGAUCAAGAUACUCAGAAGGCUCCGGCACCCUCAUAUCGUUGCCCUGCAUGACUGUGUCGAGUCCGCUACACACAUAAACCUCAUUAUGGAGUUCUGCGAGAUGGGGGAUCUAUCCGUUUUCAUCAAAGGAAGAGAUAAGCUGAUCUCGCAAGCGGCUACGCACGAGCUCGCUCGGAAGUACCCUUCUCCCCCAGGCUCGGGCCUCAAUGAGGUUGUCACCCGUCACUUCUUGAAGCAGCUGGCGAGUGCCGUCAGGUUUCUACGGGAAGCCAACCUGAUACACCGUGAUAUCAAGCCCCAGAACCUCCUGUUACUGCCAUCGCCGCAGCAUCGCGAGGCCAACAAGAAAGUGAAGCAAAUCCUGAGUGCGAGCCAUGACUCUCUCACGCCAGCCGCUGGGCUCAUCUCGCUUCCCAUGCUCAAGCUCGCUGAUUUUGGCUUCGCUCGUGUCCUUCCCUCCACCUCCCUGGCCGAGACCCUUUGCGGCUCACCUUUGUACAUGGCGCCUGAGAUUCUCCGCUACGAGCGCUACGACGCCAAGGCCGACUUAUGGUCGGUAGGGACCGUGUUAUACGAGAUGGCAACCGGAAGGGCCCCAUUUCGAGCGGGAAAUCACGUGGAGCUCCUUAGAAAGAUCGAAGCCUCAGAUGACCAGAUCAAGUUCCCUCGGGAGUGUGUGGUCAGUUCCGAAAUGAAGGGCUUGAUUCGAGCCUUGCUAAAACGCAACCCCGUGGAGCGGUUGCCCUUUGAGGACUUCUUCGAGCACCCCGUCGUUGCUGGCCGCAUCCCGGGCCUUGUUGAAGACGAUAUCCCAAAAGUGGAUAGGCCAAUAUCGACGGGGGUUGCGAAUCCGUCCAGACCCGAUGAUCGGUUGGGGCUCUCACGGAAGUCCUCUCUUAGAAGAUUUGCCGCAGAGCAGGAGCUCGGGCGUGAACCUGUGGGCCCUCCAUCACCGCAGCCGUACCGUUCAUCGCCCCUCGGGACACCUACUGAGCCCAAGCCAAAUCCCCUGGAGCAAAUAUCCAUUCCUCGUCUGAGCCAGUCGCCGCGGCAGGCCGGGGAGGAAGGCCUCGGAAUACGGCGUCCCGCGGUUCAGCCGUCCACUUCGGCCUCUCCUCGGCCGAUAUCUUACGUUGAUCGGACCCGGCGGUACUCGAACGCCUCGGUCAAGGCGCCUACCCGCGAGGCUCAACCUGCGCCGGGAUCAGGCCAGGAGGUCGCCACCCAUGCUAGAACGCCGAGCACGAUGAGCAGGCCACUUCCGGACGAUGAGAAGACGGCCCAAGACCUUACGUUUGAGCGAGACUACAUCGUCAUCGACAAGACGCAAGUCGAGGUCAAUGCGCUCGCGGACCAGAUCCAGACACAGUCACCCAAGUCUGGCCAGAUUGUUAGGCGCGCCACGCAGCAGGGAAAUCCUACUUCGACCACGGGUGCUGUGCCGAGUCACUCAUCCAGGAGCCGUCAGCAGGUGCGAGGCGAGCACUACCGGAAAACCUCGUACGACAAUACUUUGUCGAGCAGCCCGAGCAAGGCGUCGGCGAUAACUAAGGCUAUCCAAGACGCCAGCCUCCGGUUCUUCGGCUUUAAAUAUGCGCCGCAGCUGCUCGGCAAGGGACAGUCACCGCCGCAGAUCUACAGCCCGUUUCCGGCCUACCCCACGCCACCCGCACCGGCCGGCUUGCUACUGGACGGGAAGCAGAGUGCGCCAGUGGAUGAAGAUUCGCGGGUCGCUCAAUGCAUCGAGGAGUACGCCACGCGGAGUGACGUUGUGUAUGGCUUCGCCGAAGUGAAGUACAAGCAGCUCGUCCCCCUGGCUCCGUCCAACGAACAGGGUCUCGGCGGCGUCCCUGCUGAUAGGAUGGGAGAAGAGGACGAGGGACUCACGGUUGAAGCGGUAGUCUCUCUGUCGGAAGAGGCCCUGGUGCUCUACGUCAAGGCCCUGUCGCUUCUGGCCAAGUCGAUGGACAUUGCCAGCCUCUGGUGGGCCCGGAAGAACCGGACAGAGUCCAACAGCGGCGCCCACUCGGCAACAAGGGACUCGGUCAACAGCCAAGCGUUGUCGAUGAAGAUCAACGCGGCUGUCCAGUGGAUCCGAACACGGUUCAACGAGGUCUUAGAGAAGGCCGAGAUUGCCCGGUUAAAACUAAUCGAGGCUCAGAAGCAACUGCCCGAGGAACACCCCAGCCACCCCAGUAACCAGCCCGAGACGACGAGCUCGGUAAGCUGUUCGGGGGCCGAUGGAGUCUUCCUCUCGACGGGCUUGAGUGCCGAGAAAUUGAUGUACGACCGGGCGGUGGAGAUGAGUCGCGCGGCGGCCAUCAACGAGAUUGCUAACGAAGAUCUUGGUGGCUGUGAACUUGCCUAUGUCACAGCGAUCCGCAUGCUCGAAGCCGUGCUUGACAGCGAUGACGAUCACCUUCCCAAACGCCGCGUGUCGGCGUCGUCUAAGGACGAAAAGCAACCUGUCGCUGCUCAAGAAGCCUCGGGCGAGAUGAGCAGCGACGACCAGAAAACUGUGACGAAGAUGAUCCACAUGAUUAGCGGCCGACUCGCAAGCCUUCGAAGGCAUAUGCGUCAGAUCGACGCGGCGAAUGCCCAGCAGCACCAGCACCAGAUUGCGGUGCGGCGGCGCAGCGGCGAUGUCACGCUGCGAAGCGGACUGGCAACCUGAUUGCAACGCGGGAUUGAGCAAUGCAUGAUGAGGGGGAUACAAAGGUUCAGGAACUCGGAUUGUCCCCCAGGAGCUCAUGCAACACUGCUGGUAUCUCAUCAGCCUCUGUGUUGUGAUACCCGUGCGGACGGCGCCGGGCUGGGGACGGGGCUUUUGUUUUUCUGUGCGAACAACGUCUCGAGGGAAAUCAUGCAUUGGAGUU